GGACGAAACAUAUCGUUGUGAACUGUUGAAGUGGUGCAUUGUUGUCGCUGGCCGCCGUUGACUGACGUCCGUAGUUUGAGGUUAGGGAAUUCCCUCCACGGGAAAAACGGACACCUGUUCCACGCGAAUGUUAUAGCCAGUUCCAGUUCCGGGGACGUGUGUGUGCGACGUGUUGAAUCGGUGGAAUCAAUAGUGCGUGCUUAAUUGCGCCAUUUGCCAAGGAAGCAAGGAAGGCGGAAUUGUUCCAGGAGACUGGACGAAGCCUAGGGGAAGACGGGCACUACUUCGGUACACAAUUUGUCAGUCUGAGUGCGUGGGAGGUGUCCUAGAUUCGAAUUCGAAGGAGCCGGCCGAACGGCACGAACCUCGUUGGCCCCCAACAUCAACGGUCAGGAUCAGUCCGAAAACAUUCCCCCACAAAAGGCAAAACAGGCUAAGGGUAUACCCACGAGUAGAAUGUCGAUGACAGCCCAGCCAACCGUCACACAGAUCGCGCAACCACAAACGGUAGCCUCACAGCUCAGUCAAGCCGCGUCCAACCCCCGACGGUCCUACGUCGUCAAAGAGGUGGAACGAUUAAAGGAAAACCGUGAGAAGCGGCGAGCCAAGCAGGCCGUAAUCCGGGAAGAGAAAAAUGCACUUAUGAACAUGGAUCCCGGCAACCCGAACUGGGAACUGUCGGCCAUGAUCCGGGAGUACCAGAGCCAGAUCGACUUCCGGCCGCUGCUGGACGGGCAAGCCAUCGAAGACCACCAGAUCACGGUGUGCGUGCGUAAGAGGCCACUCAGUCGCAAGGAACUGAUGCGCAAAGAGCUGGAUGUGAUCUGUGUACCAACCAAGGACACCUUGAUAGUGCACGAGCCGAAAACGAAGGUGGAUUUGACCAAAUUCUUGGAGAAUCACAAUUUCCGAUUCGAUUAUGCUUUCGACGAUAGCUGCGACAACGAACUGGUUUACAAAUACACGGCGAAACCGCUGGUGCAGACCAUUUUCGAGGGCGGUAUGGCGACCUGUUUCGCCUACGGCCAGACCGGUUCCGGUAAAACCCACACCAUGGGUGGUGAUUUCAACGGCAAGGUUCAGGACUGCAAAAACGGUAUCUACGCAAUGGCCGCCAAAGACGUGUUUGCCUAUCUGCACAGCGCCAAAUACAACCACCUGAAUCUGGUCGUGUCGGCCAGCUUCUUCGAGAUCUACAGUGGAAAGGUAUUUGAUUUGUUGUCGGACAAGCAAAAACUUCGGGUCCUCGAGGACGGCAAGCAGCAGGUCCAAGUGGUGGGUCUCACGGAAAAGGUAGUCGAUUCGGUGGAAGAGGUUCUAGGUAUCAUCAACCAUGGCAACAGUACGCGAACCUCCGGACAAACCUCAGCCAACGCCAACUCGUCCCGGUCACAUGCCGUAUUCCAGCUGGUCGUUCGACCCAAAGGCUCAACGAAGAUCCACGGAAAGUUUUCGUUCAUCGAUUUGGCCGGUAACGAACGUGGCGCGGACACAUCGUCUGCGAACCGCCAAACUCGAAUGGAAGGAGCCGAAAUCAACAAAUCGCUGCUAGCCCUGAAGGAGUGUAUUCGAGCGCUGGGCAAACAGAACGCACACUUGCCGUUCCGCGUAAGCAAGCUGACCCAGGUGCUGCGAGAUUCGUUCAUCGGCGAAAAGAGUAAAACCUGUAUGAUUGCAAUGAUUUCGCCCGGCCUGAGUUCCUGUGAACACACGCUCAAUACGCUGCGAUACGCCAAUCGAGUCAAGGAGCUGGUCGCCAUUGAUCCAUCCGAGAGAACGGAUGAAAUCGAACCAAUGGAAAGUGAUGAACAACCGAAGAAUGGCGUUCUCUCCGAGAACGAUUUGGCCCAGCUACGGUCACUUAACGAACACGACAUGUCGGUUGAGUUGUACAACCAGCACGCAGCUAUCUCGGAUCUGCAGCAGACGGAAGAGGAAGUGGUGGACCAUCACCAGAAGGUGAACGAGUUCCUGAUGAAGUUCUUGCCGGAAUCGCGGGAACUGUACAAGCAAACGAACUAUGUGGAUUAUGAUCAGGAUGCUUACUGCAAACGCGGCGAGGAACUGUUCACCCAGCUGGCCGAGAUUGCCACCACCUGCAAGGAUCUGAUGUCCGAGUUCCGUGCCAAGCUGGCCAAGGAGGAAAUGCUGUCGCACAAGAUCAAACCGGACCGGAAGUACAACUAGGAGGCGGGCCCGGGCGAAAGCUAGAUAAAAAAAACAAAAACGGAAAAGCAGACAGAACACACGCUGAUGUUGGCAUUGAAAACUGCAGAAAAAGUGCGUGUGUGCGUGAGCGUUUCGAGAAUAAGUGAAGACAUAAAAUGCGUUUCUAGUGCGAAGUUUGUAUAUUAGGCGAGCUGGAACCGAGCCACCGGGAUUGGAGUGGUUUGGUAGGGUUUUAUCAACCAUAUGAAAGCUGUGCUUUUUUGUAGGGAGAAGAAACUUCGAACAAGUCCGACUCAGGUGGCUCAGUUUCCAGCAGUUUGUGCCGGUGUAGUAGUUUUACCUCCGAAACGAAUGUUAUUAUAGAUUGUUAACGCAACACAGAAAGAUUGAAAACGAUUACUGUUUCGUGCUCCACCUUGACAUCUUCUAGAAUAUUGCUGUAAAAUGGCUGGUUGAAGAUAACAAAAAAAAAAUCGUCAAAUAAAAGCAUUCGCGAACAUCAUUUCAACAUCAUUUGAUUAAACAAUAACACGUUAGUAUACAAACUAUGGCACAGUAUUAGCAGCUGUCAAGGUGUUGUGGGCAGGCAUAAAUCGUUGAAACUUGAAAAUAUUUACGAACAAGCAGCAUUGGUUCAAAUGCAGAUGGUCCUCUUUUUUCAGUAAAAAAUUGGACCAGCACAGGAUAACUACAGAUAUUUAAUUGAAGUUAAAAAAACUACUAAACACAAGUGAAUUAUCUUAAACCUAGACAAACACACACAUUCUGUUUUGAAGAUAGGCUGCUGCUAUGCUACCACACUCCUCCAAAAACAGUCACACGCCCCGAAUAUCAUUCCCUCAAAUCGUACGAACAAUAUUCUCUACAAAUGCAUUGAAGACUAGCAAAACGGGCAAAAAUGACUAAUAUAUUUACCGUUAAGUGUAUUUGAAAUCUUUUUUUCUCUCUUAUCCCUCUUAUUAAAUUGCUUUAAUGUUAUACACUUUUUGGGUGCAGCAUCCUUAUUUGCUUUCGUACUCAUUUCGUUUAAUAGGAUUCCAAGCGCCGAAUGUUAAAUCGGAUAUUAAAAUGUAUUAUUGUUUUAUCAGUUUCUUUAAGGCGCAGUCAUGGGGUGAACCCUCACUUCGGAACACCUGUGUAAAUCUGUUAUAAAUAUUAAAAAAGCACAACAGACUACUAAAAUAAUGGGAUUAUUUUAUCACUAAAUGCGGUACUUUUACUAAAGAAAAUAUUUGAAAAGAUGUGUGCGCUUGGAGUGGUCAUGAGAAUGAGUUGUUGAGCAUAUGUUUUAGAUAGGUACGGCUUAUGAAAUGUGGUUUAAAAAAGACGAUUGAAAUAAUAAGCAGAAAAAACGGUAAGACAAGCAACUAGAACGACUAUAAUAUGGUACGCCGCAACUAAUGGAAUGAACUUUGAAAACGUGAAUGUAAUAAGUUUUCAACGGAAACGAGUAUUUUGAGAGUGUGAUCAAAUAUCUGAACAAAAUGCAACAAUUAACACAACUAUUAGGAACAACAUUGGGAGCAGUCAAAAAACACCCUUAUACAAUUUAAAAAAUAUCAUUAAGUUAAGUUAACGAUACUGUUUCUUUUCCUUUUGCUUUGUUCCCACUGGGCGUUCUUCUUGAAAUGUGUGAAGAACCGCCACCCAGAGGCGCGAUGCUUUUGUUUGUGUUAUUUCGAUUAUUUCACGAUAUGUGAUCACGCUGCGAAUGUUGAACAAUAGACAUUAUAUCUAAAGAAGAAAAAAACUGCGAACAGAGCGCACGUGCGCUUUCUAAAAAUGGCUUCUGUAAACUGCGAUUUGAGACCAAGUGCGUUAGUAAGAAACACAGGUUUACUGCAAAGCGUGUUCCCCCCUGGCAGUAGAGUUACGAGAAUAAAGAACUACACUACAAAACCAACACAUUCACCCGCUAUUGAGAAUUAAUGUAAUUAUUUAAUUAACCUUGUUUUUAUAAUGAACAAAGAGCGUUUUUUACUCAUUCUUCUUGAUAACAAUCAAAAUUAACGAAAGAAAACGAA